GAGGCUCUCUCUAUUGCCAGGACAGACAGAGCCAGCAGCAGAGCAGGAGGAGGAGGUGGGCGCCCAGCAGCAGCAGCGGUGCCCUUCCCCUGCACCCAGCCCAGGGCCCCCUUAGCCACCCUUGGCCCAUAAGGCCAUCGCUUUCCAACUUCAGCUACAGUGCUAGCUAAGUUUGGAAAGACCAACAGGGAGAGAGAAGACGCCUUUGCAAGGCUUUGGGUUGCUGCUGUUGUUGCUGUUGCUGUGAGUGAGUGAGUGAGUGAGUGUGAGUGCUUCCAAGGCUCUUUCCUCUGUGCCCCCUUCUCCUCCCAUCCCUGGUUUGCCUCUGCCUGGAGGGUCUCUCUGUCUGGAGGGAAGGCUGGAGAAGAGAAGGAGAAGCAAAGGAGCAACAACAACCAUGGAGCAGCCAAGUAGUCAAGGAUGCUGCGGAUCCUGUGUCAGUUACUUCACAUCUGCAAAAUUUCUGCUGUACCUUGGACAUGCCCUGUCCACUUGGGGAGAUCGUAUGUGGCAUUUUGCAGUGUCAGUCUUCCUUGUUGAACUAUAUGGAAACAGUUUGCUCUUGACAGCUGUUUAUGGCUUGGUUGUGGCAGGAUCAGUUCUUCUUCUGGGAGCCAUCAUUGGAGACUGGGUAGACAAGAACGCCAGACUCAAAGUGGCCCAGACAUCCUUAAUUGUGCAAAAUGUGUCUGUCAUUUUGUGUGGCAUCCUCCUGAUGAUUGUCUUCAUUUUUAAAGAUGAACUUUUGAAAAUGUAUCACGGGUGGCUUCUUACCUUGUGCUAUAUUCUUGUCAUCACAAUUGCGAACACUGCAAAUUUGGCCAGCACAGCCACUGCAAUUACCAUACAGAGAGACUGGGUAGUUGUUGUUGCUGGUGAAAACAGAAGCAAACUGGCAGAUAUGAAUGCUACAAUACGAAGAAUUGACCAGCUGACCAAUAUCUUGGCUCCAAUGGCUGUUGGGCAGAUAAUGACUUUUGGAUCUCCAGUGAUUGGAUGUGGAUUCAUUUCUGGUUGGAACUUAAUUUCCAUGUGUGUAGAAUAUAUGCUGCUCUGGAAAGUUUACCAGAAAACUCCUGCUUUGGCUCACAAAGCCAAUUCAAAGGCUGAGGAAUCAGAACUUAAACAAUUGAAUGUGCAGAAAGGUACCAAUGUUUUAAAGAGUCUGACUGAAGGCAUCCAGCUUAUUGGGAAAAGGAGGUAGCCAUCUUGGAGCCCAAACCAGAGGAAGAAGUUGCUGUCUUUCUCGAAGGGUGAGCCUUUCAGCACAUUCCGUGACGGAUGGGCCUACUACAACCAACCUGUGUUUUCUGGCAUGGCCCUGGCUUUCCUUUACAUGACUGUUCGGGGUUGAUGCAUUACUACUGGCUAUGCGUACACCAGGGUGAGUGCCACACUCAGCCUCUUGAUGGGGGCAUCUGCUAUCACAGGAACGGGGACAGUAGCCUUCACCUGGCUGCGUCGCAAGUGUGGACUGGUGCGCACAGGCAUAAUCUCUGGAGUGGCACAGCUUGUCUUGGUUUUGUGUGUGGUCUCAGUGUUCAUGCCAGGAAGUCCUUUGGAUGUGACUGUUUCCCCAUUUGCUGACAUCAGUGCUAGAUUAUUUGAAAGCAAUCCAUUGCCUACUAUGGCUCCUGAAGGCGAUCGCCCGAAAUACUCUCACAACUGGAAGGCUCUCUUGGUCAAUGGGUCUACCCUUGAUCGUACGGCUCCCAACUCGGUGCCUCUCAUCUCUGUUAGCCUUCUGUUUGCAGGUGUCAUUGCUGCAAGAGUUGGCCUGUGGUCAUUUGAUCUGACAGUCACCCAGCUGAUCCAGGAAAAUGUGAUUGAAUCGGAAGAGGGUCUAAAUGUGGUCCAAAACCCGAAUUACCUUCUCGAUGCUGUUGCAUUUCAUCAUGGUCAUCCUGGCCCUAACCCUGAAGCUUUGGGUUGCUGGUUCGUAUUCGUGUCCUUCGUUGCAAUGGGUCACAUCAUGUACUUCCGGUUUGCCCAUAAAACGCUGGGGAGGAAUGUCCUUCUUGCUUGUACUCCUGAGAUAAGCCGUUGCUAAGACCCUCCAUCUUGUGAUGCAUCAAGUGUCUAGUGUAUCAGUGGUAACUGCCAACUACUCCUUUUUCCAAUCCAUUAGAUUUCAUGCUUUAUAUCUUAUGGGCCUGGAACAACCAGUACUACUUCCAAAUGAUGGUGUUCAAAGUUUUGAUCUCUCACCAAGCCAUCAGCCUAACCUGAUUUCCUGCUGCCGUUUGUCUUUAGGGAAGUGACCAGGUGUAGCUUCUCUCCACUUAGAAGUGACAUAGUUUAUUUAUUUAAGGGGAGAUCUCCCAAAAGUUAAAAAUUAACAACAGAGGUAAAGACAAUUAAACAAGGAAGUGAAUGGUUCUGAUUAUUUUUUAAAUAAAGAAAAUUCAGGGUGGAGGGUUACAUUAAUUAAAUGUAUCGAUUAUGAUAAUAUGGAUAGUGCCCUCCCCCUCCCCCAUAAACACAAUAACAUUUUUGCCU